UAAACGCAGUUUUUCUCAGCAUUAAAAUUGUGCCCGAAAAUUAGACAAAAAGUUUCAAAGUUUACUGAAUCAGUUUCCUACGCGAAUUCAAGGGGUAAUCGAAGGACUUUUGCUAAACAAAGGUCAUAAUAAUUAAUAAAUCUUAAACAUCUUGUGAUUUCUUGGUGAGGCAAUAAGAUACAUUGGCAGAAUGGCCUAUCAGAAGUCGCUUUCCGUGAAAUUGAAGCUCCCGAACCGCGUGCAGCCGGAGUUUGUUCCGCAGCCCGGGAGAGAAGGCCAGUACACCAACAAGAUACACUACCUCAAGAGGCAUGUUCUGGACGAGGUUAUCAAGAAGAAGUACGCGCUGGACUUCCUGGAGCCCGUGGACACGGAGGCUCUGAAGGUGCCCACAUACUACUCGGUGAUAGAUCGCCCCAUGGAUGUGGGAACCAUUACGAAGAGGGUGCAGCACAAUUACUACAAAUCUGUGGAUGGGCUCAUCGCAGACUUCCAGCUUAUCAUCCGCAACUGCUUCAAGUUCAACAAGCCGGGCGACGUGGUCUUCCGCAAGGGCCAGACGCUGGAGAAGUUCUUUAUGAAAAAACUCAGGGCCAUACCCCCGGGGCCGGAGUUGCCCUGCAACAAGGAUCCCAUGGCGGUGGGCAGGUCGAGAAGCACUGCCAGAAUAAUGGCGAACUCGGCCCAAACGGAGAGCAUGUGCCUUGAUCAAUUGAAGAAGUUGCAGCACUUCACCAAUCAGGCGGAUACCACGGCCCGUAACUAUUUCAACGGCAAGUGGGAUUCGUUGAUGAAGAAGCUGGACAAGCACUACUUCAAGUCCGUCGCUGACUUUCGCUCGCACGUGGAGGGCAUCUUCAAGAAGUAUCAUGAUCCGGCCAAAUCUAUCUACGAAAGGGCCUUUCUUCAGCCAGAACCUUGGAGCGCCACCAUGAUUACAAGCCCCAGUUCGUUGCGCACUUCUGCGCUGACCGAUGCGGAUCUCAAUGAGCUACUGCAGGCCGCCAAGCUGGCGGAGAGUGCCUUGGCACAGAGCCUCCAGGCACAGGGUUCCUGGGAAGCAAAAAGGUCCCGGUCUUUGGUGGAGGCCCUGUCUGCCAGUGUGGGCAAAGUAAAGCAAAAACUGGAGGCAAAUAGACAAAAAUCCCUGAACGAGUCAUCAGGCAAGAAUCAAAUGCCAGGUGCCAAUCCUAAGGAUGAGCUAGUCCAGCAGGAACUCAAGCCAGCUCAGGACUUGCUCAGCAGAAGUGAAGUGGACACUCUCGUGGCAGUAUGCUACGAGUCCUCGGAUGAUGAGGGCACCAAAGGCCCAUCCAACGUGGGCAAUGAUGCAGAACCAAAUAAUUUGCAAGGCCUGUUCCCCAAAAUGUCACCGUCUGACAUGAGGGAGAUUAUCCACAUGGUCAAACAAGCCGAGGGAAAGUCCGCGGAGCGUUGGGGCGAUCUGAACUGGGAUAUGUCGGGCUUCUCACCGGACACCUUGGAGCUGGUGAGGCGGGCCGUGGCCAAGGGGUUGAGGGCCCAACACAAGCUCAAUCUCAAGGACAUGCAGCCCUCGGAAAGGGAGGGUCUGCAGCGCUCGCUGCAAUCCCAGCUGAUGGAUAUUACCCGCGUGCUGAACAAGAAUCGGCGCCGAAGCGCUACUAACUUGGUCAAUUCCAGAACCAAACUAGCUCAAAAAAACAAUGCCGUGCGAAAUAGAUCGUGUGGCCCUCUGGCCGCCAGACUGAAGACGCCACCGGAAAAACCUGCGGCUGGAAGAUUCGGAGUGGGUGCGACAGUGGGUUUCGGCGUCGGUGAGUGUCGCAAUCUGAGCGACACCAGCGAUGACUCCAGCGGCCCUCCGAGUACUCAGCGGAGCAUGCCGAAGCGGAAGACUCCACCGCCGAGGAUGCCCUUUGGCACGCCGAAGGCCUUGUUUGGCAGCGAGCUCCGCAUGAGCAGCAGCAGCAGCAGCGAGUCCCAAAAGGGAUCCAAGUCGGGCAGCAGUUCCAGCUCCCGCUCGAGCUCCAGUUCGCGUUCCUGCUCGAGUUGCAGUUCGUGCAGCUCCAGCAGCGAUUCCUCCAAGUCUGGAAACGAAGGAUCUCACAUUCCCAAACGCCCAUUUUUCAACUACCCAUAUAAUUCUUAACUCUGUUGCUAACGCUUUUAAAAUAUGUAAGGGAUGGCGCAUUUUCCAAUAAAUAGAUAGGAAA